GUUAUUCUUUCGCAUCGACGAGACCCCCAGUUGUUGUACAACCACUUUUUUUCCUUUUUUUCCUUUUUUUCCCCCAUAUUUAUAUCCUCAAUUAUGUUUUUGCUAUUUCAUCAAUGAAUGGCUAGGAGUCUUUAAGGCUGGAGAUUUCAGGAAUGUUGUUGCAAUCAGUUUUUAGCAGUUGUUUUCUGAUGAAUUCGAUAUGCGGGAGGCCUACCACUACGUGGUCAACUGCCUGUCACCAUGCCGUCACCACCCUUCCAGACUUCCAGGUCUUCCUCUCCUCCAUCCCUCAGCCUAGCACACUCUGUCUGGACCUCGAUGGCAAAACUUUCAGCCGCAAGGGCACCCUCUCUGUCUUGCCGUGCUCGCCCAUCUCGCACAAGUGAUAGUGAUCGACGUCCAGACGCUCGGGAAUUUGGCUUUCGCCACAUCAAGCGCCAAUGAAAAGACCCUCAAGGCUAUCCUCGAGGAUCCCCACACCCCUAAAUGCCUAUUAACUGCUA